AGCAUUUGGCUCAAACCGCUUUGCUUCUUCGAAGCUCCACAAAAGCGGCAUACGCUUCCUUUCCCAAGCCAUGGCAGCUCAAGGUGAGUGGAAGACUUUGAUCCCGGCCUACUUGCUCAAGGAUCGUGCAGAUCUGCAGAACUGCAAGACCUUGUUGCCAAUGAAGGUAGCGCUGGGAUGCAUGGAAGGUGGCCCAUCGGAGCCGGAGAAGGAGACGGAGGCUGGCCAGGUGGGGAGCUGCGCACGCGCCGCUUCCCACUGGUGGCCACGCGGUGUGGCUGCACAUCUAUGACCUCACCGAGAGUUUCCACCUGCCCUGGAUCAACAGUGCCCUCCGCAGCAUGGAUGCUGGGCUCUUCCAUGCCGGCGUCGAGGUGCAUGGGCACGAGUUCAGCUUUGGCAUGACUCGCUAUGGCCAAGGCACAGGCCUUUUCAUGUGUAGGCCGAAGAAGAACGGCAACCAUGCGUAUCGGGAAUCGCUCUUCCUGGGACACACCAGCAUGAGGCGCCAAGAGGUCAAGAAGGUGACGCAGGAAAUGAAGAAGGAGUGGAUGGGACACACCUAUCGGUUGCUCAGUAAGAAUUGCAUCCACUUCUCCGCGGCCUUCAGCAAGCGUUUGGGUGUGAAGGAGGUGCCGCGCUGGGUCUUCGGCAUGGCCUCCCUGGCGCAAGACCUGGUCCAAAGCCUGGCCAAUCGCACCGAAGCCAUGGGCCGUGCCAUUUCCCUCACCAACUGCAAUGGCAGCCAGCUCUUGGACGAGAUCGCUGAAGAGAGGCGCCAGGCACUGGCCAGUGGGACCCGUUAUGAUCUCUGAGGCCGCGGUUAGAACCUCUUUGCGAAGGUCCUGGUAAUCAGCCCCCCUUCACGGGGGCUCGGGAAUGACGAGAAGCUGGAGAGGAAGCUGGAAGCUGGAGGAGAGUGGAAGCC